AUGGCCUACGCGACGCAGCAUCAUCGGCGCGCCAUCCUUGUCCUGGCCGUCGCCCUCCUCCUGGCCUCGCCCAUGGCAAUAACACGCGCCGCAGCGGCGGCAGCCACCAGCGGGUGCGAGGGCGACAAGCUCCCCGCGGGCAAGAGCUACGCGCACUGCGCCGCGCUCCCAUACCUCGGCGCCAAGCUGCACUGGACCUACGACGCCAAGACGGGGUCGCUGUCCGUGGCGUUCGUGGCGAAGCCGGCGGGCGGUGCCGGCGGCUGGGUGUCGUGGGCGAUCAACCCGACGGGCGACGGCAUGAAGGGCGCGCAGGCGCUGCUGGCCUUCAAGGGCCCCUCCUCCUACGUCGUCAACACCUACAACAUCACGGGGUACAACCCGCUCGGCGCCGCGCCCACGCCCAUCGCGUACAAGGCCACGGACCUCGCAGCGGACGAGAGCGGCGGGGAGGUGCGGAUCUACGGCAAGCUGCAGCUGGGCCCCGGCCUGGAGAAGGUGAACCACAUCUGGCAGGUGGGUUCCAAGGUGACCACCAACGGCGCGCCGGCCGAGCACGCGUUCAAAAAGCCCAACCUCCAGGCCAAGGGCAAGCUCGUGCUCUCCGGCGCCGCGCAGUUCUUGGAGGCGGCGGCCCCGGCCCCGGCCCCCGCGGGCGCCGGUGCUUCGCCCGCGGGAGGAGGCGGUGGAGCCGCUCCGUCUGGUGGGAAGUCGGCGGCUGCGGCGGCCACCGCGUACGUGUCUGCUCCGGCGCUCACGCUGCUGGCAUUGGCGGGUUUCUUAUUGGCAAUGUAA